AUAAAUCAACUCUUUAUCAAUUAAACCAACUAUGAUAUAGAAUAUACAAUUUUGAUUUUGGUUGUCAAUUAUAGAUACAUUUACACUACAUUAUUAUAGUAUGAGCUGAAAAAUGAUGCAGAAAAGGUGUGACUGACCCCAUCCAUCCAUAUGCUUAUUAUUACUAUUGUGUGUCUCAUUCAUUUUUUACCCCAUGCACAUUAGUAUCAUAUGAUAUACACAUCUAAACAAAUUAAUUUGCCAUGAAAGAAAUGACGAAUAAAUAAAUAAAUAAGAAAGAAAAAAGAUAAACCAAUGGCUUACUUGUGCACAGAAAAGUUAUCUCUAGGAAGUUUCCUCCAUCUUUUUUGGACUCUCCUGCAACAAAACCAAGAAAUGCACCAUUGGCUAAAACAAUUCAACUAAAUUUCACCAUGAAAUCUCAUCAACAUUUUCAUUAUCAUUUCUUUUUUAUCAUAUUCAUAUCAUUAUUCUCUCUAACUUCACUCACUCCAAUUCCCAACAGAAGAAUCUUACACCAACCGUUACUAAUUCCGGUCAAUUCUGCUCCACCGCCGGAAUUCUCUCCACCACAACCAGACAUCACUCCUCCGUCACCUGACAUUCCGUUUUUCAAUGAAUUCCCAACCGGACCACCGCCUCCGGUGGCGGCCAACAAUAAUCCGAAUCUACCUUCACCGUCAGUUUUCAACUCCACAAUUGCAAAUCCAACGGCGACGAAACCUACUAAACCUGCUAAGAAAAUUGCAAUUGCGGUUACAGUGGCAUUUUCGAUAUGUGUCAUGUUUUGCAUUGUAGCUUUCUUAUUGUUUAAGCAUAAUAGAAUGAAGAAGAAACACUCGUCGGAAUCAGAUAAACGGAAACUCGUCGGUGAGAAUUUGAAUUCAUUUCUAGAAGAUUCCACGCGGGUCCCACCACAAGCGCAAUCAUCAUCAUCAACAAGUUUUCUCUACAUUGGAACUGUUGUAGAGCCUAACGGAACGCCGGUAGGUGUAACUAACCCUCACAAGGUUAACCGUUACCGUCAGAGUCCUGAGUUACAUCCAUUGCCGCCGCUUACGAAGUCUCUCGUCGUUGAUUCUCACUCUCCACCGGCGGUUUCUUCGUCGUCGUCGUCAGAUAACGAUGAUAGUCACGAGACGGUGUUUCAUUCGCCGCGGGAGACUUCUUCACUAAAUCUCAGCCGUGAAGAUAGUUUUUACACGACGGUUUCUCGUCAAAGCUCUCUCGCAAACGGAAGUCCAACUGCGCCGGUUGCGGUAACUCCGGUGGUUCCUUUUUCAAAGAGAACUUCACCGAAAUCUCGAUUUUCUAGUUCUCCGCCGGUGAUGAUACCAUCGAUAGGUAGUGGUGGUUCUUCUAGAAGGCCGAAAUUCUCAUCGCCGCCACCGGCGCCGAAUUUGACGCAUCUUCAUUCAAAUGACUCCAUAGGUUUACUUAACCUUCCUCCUCCUCCUCCUCCACCUCCGCCGCCGCCGAGAACUGGUUGGUCACCGUCACCGGUUAUUGCACCAUCUUCCUCUGUUUCAAGGAAGCAUCAUCAACGGUCUCAGUCUUCAAUUCAUGAAACAGAUUCUGCAUCUGGUAACAGUUUGAAUGUGAAGAAAGCUUUGAAAGAAGAUGAUGAAAUUGAAUUUGAUGAAGCAAAUGGAAAACCUAAAUUGAAAGCUCUGCAUUGGGAUAAAGUUCGUGCUACUUCAGAUCGUGCUACUGUGUGGGACCAAUUAAAAUCAAGCUCAUUUAAGUUAAAUGAGGAUAUGAUGGAGACACUGUUUGGUUGUAAUUCAUCAAAUACUGCUCCUAAAGCUAAAGAGAUGUCUGUAACCAGGAAACCAGUUUUUUCUACUGUUGAAAAUGAGAAUAGGGUGUUAGAUCCUAAGAAAUCACAGAAUAUAGCUAUAUUACUCAGGGCAUUGAAUGUCACAAGAGAUGAGGUUUCUGAAGCUCUUUUAGAUGGGAAUCCUGAAGGUUUAGGCACUGAGUUAUUUGAAACUCUAGUGAAGAUGGCUCCUACAAAGGAGGAGGAGAUAAAACUAAAAAAUUAUGAUGGUGACCUUUCAAAACUUGGGCCUGCAGAAAGAUUUCUUAAGCAAGUGCUCGAUAUCCCUUUAGCUUUUAAAAGAGUUGAAGCCAUGUUGUACAGAGCUAAUUUUGAAACAGAAGUUAACUAUCUUAAGAAAUCUUUCCAAUCCCUCGAGGCAGCAAGUGAGGAAUUAAAGAAUAGCCGCUUAUUCCUCAAACUCCUUGAAGCUGUUCUCAGGACAGGAAACAGAAUGAAUGUUGGAACCAAUCGCGGCGGUGCUAAAUCUUUCAAACUGGACACACUCUUGAAACUUGCAGAUAUAAAGGGAACAGAUGGAAAGACAACAUUGCUCCAUUUUGUUGUGCAAGAGAUCAUUAGAUCUGAAGGUACAGGUGCUGAAUCCACAAAUGAGAAUGUUCAAAACCAAACAAAUCCCCAGUUCAAUGAGGACGAGUUCAGAAAGAAAGGAUUGCAGGUUGUGGCUGGAUUGAGUAGAGACUUUGGUAAUGUAAAAAAGGCGGCAGGAAUGGACUCGGAUGUCUUAAGCAGCUAUGUCAGAAAGCUUGAUAUGGGGCUUGAGAAAGUGAGAUUGGUUUUACAACAUGUAAAACCAGAUAUGCAAGGAAACUUCUUUAACUCAACAGAGAUAUUUUUGAAAGAUGCCGAAGAGAAAAUACUAGAGAUCAAAGCUGAUGAGAUAAGGGCCUUAUACCUUGUGAAAGAAGUUACAGAAUACUUUCAUGGGGAUACAACAAAGGAAGAAGCUCACCCUUUUAGAGUUUUUAUGAUUGUAAGAGACUUUCUAAAUAUUUUGGAUCAAGUAUGCAAAGAAGUGGGAAGAAUGCAGGAUAGAACUUCGAUCGCUUCAUCCAGAUCGUUCAGGAUAGCUGCAAAUGCAUCGUUACCUGUUCUCAACAGGUACCGUGCAAGACAAGAUACAAGUUCAGAUGACGACAGUUUAUCACCCUAGUAUAUUGUGAAUAUGAAACAAAAAUAGUCUAUCAAAGUAAAUCAGUGACAAUAAUGUUUUCCCAACUUUAAUUUAGUUGCCCCUUUUCAUCAUUAGUCCCAUAGCUUUUGUUGAGUUUGAACAUUAAAUACUUACAGUUACACAGAUGGGGGGAAGAGAACAAGCUCUGACACAUUUUUUAUUUACAUUAAAGGCAUAUGUUAAAUAUCA